GUCCUCACCGCUCGCCGUUUCAAAAUGCCGCUGAGGCCUUGGGGCCUGUGACUGGCGCGCCCUGCCCCCGCGCCCCGGGCCCGGCGGGGGAGCGACUCAUGGAGCGGCCGUGAGAUUUAUCAACAGACUGCAAUUUCUUCACUGCCAAAAUGACAUCAUUUGCCACCUCUGCCCAGUGUUCAACUUCUGACAGUGCUUGCAGGAUCUCCCCAGAACAAACCAAUCAGGUACGACCAAAACUUCCACUUUUGAAGAUUUUGCAGGCAGCAGGUGCACAAGGUGAAAUGUUCACUGUUAAAGAGGUCAUGCACUAUCUAGGCCAGUAUAUAAUGGUGAAGCAGCUUUAUGAUCAGCAGGAACAGCAUAUGGUGUAUUGUGGUGGAGAUCUUUUGGGAGAACUGCUAGGACGUCAGAGUUUCUCCGUGAAAGAUCCAAGCCCUCUCUAUGAUAUGCUAAGAAGGAAUCUUGUCACUUUAGCCACUGCUACUACAGAUGCUGCUCAGACUCUCGCUCUCGCACAGGAUCACAGUAUGGAUAUUCCAAGUCAAGACCAACUGAAGCAAAGUGCAGAAGAAAGCUCCAGUUCCAGGAAAAGAAUGGAAGAAGGCAAUAUUCCUACACUGCCUACCUCACAACAUAAAUGCAGAAAUUCUAGAGAAGAUGAAGACUUCAUAAAAAACUUAACCCAAGAUGAGACAUCUAAGCUGGACCUUGGGUUUGAGGAGUGGGAUGUAGCUGGGCUGCCUUGGUGGUUUUUAGGAAACCUGAGGAGCAACUAUACACCUAGAAGUAAUGGCUCGACUGAUUUACAGACAAAUCAGGAUAUAGGUACUGCUAUUGUUUCAGACACCACAGAUGACUUGUGGUUUUUGAAUGAAUCUGUAUCAGAGCAGUUUGGUGUGGGAAUAAAAGUUGAAGCUGCAGACACUGAACAAACAAGUGAAGAAGUAGGGAAAGUAAGAGACAAAAAGGUGAUUGAAGUGGGAAAAAAUGACGACUUUGAGGACUCUAAGUCCAUAAGUGACGAUACUGAUGUAGAAGUUACCUCUGAGGAUGAGUGGCAGUGUACUGAGUGCAAGAAAUUUAACUCUCCAAGCAAGAGGUACUGUUUUCGUUGCUGGGCAUUGAGGAAGGAUUGGUAUUCAGAUUGCUCUAAGUUAACCCAUUCUCUCUCCACGUCUGAUAUCACUGCCAUACCUGAGAAGAAGGAAAAUGAAGGCAUUGAUGUCCCCGAUUGCCGAAGAACCAUAUCAGCUCCAGUUGUUAGGCCUAAAGAUGUAUGUAAAAAGGAAGAAAAAAGCCCCAAGCUUUUUGAUCCCUGCAACUCAGUGGAAUUCUUGGAUUUGGCCCACAGUUCUGAAAGCCAAGAAACCAUAUCAAGCAUGGGAGAACCAUCAGAUAAUCUUUUUGAACAGAGAACAGAUACAGAAAACAUGGAGGAUUGCCAGAAUCUCUUGAAGCCGUGUAGUCUGUGUGAGAAAAGACCACGAGACGGGAACAUUAUUCAUGGGAGGACAGGCCAUCUUGUCACUUGUUUUCACUGUGCCAGAAGAUUGAAGAAGGCUGGGGCUUCAUGCCCUAUAUGCAAGAAAGAGAUUCAGUUGGUGAUUAAGGUUUUUAUAGCGUAGCUGACUCAGUGAAUUGUAGAGAAAUACUAACAGAGCUAGGGCAUGUAUCAAAAUGUCAGUAUUCAGCAUCUCUACUCAGCAUAACCCACUGCAUCUGUUUAUUUAUUUAUGUAAACAUCUGUGUUUCACGACAUUUUUGCUUCUAUAUGUAGAGGAAUUUUGAGAAUGAGUUCUUUAGAACUAGAGUGUCAAUUUGGGGGACUCCCGUUAACAUGAAAAAAUUCGUUCAUUACUUUUACUCUCUUUAAAGAUGAGGAUCUGGGAGAAAGCAACUGCCAGUACAAACAAAAGUAAUUUGGCCCUAAUUCAUUCACUUACAAAGUUACUUGAAGAUUUAUUAUUUCUUCAGUUAAUUUUAUUCCCUGUUCUUUUUUUUUUUUCGGUUAUGGAAUGUUCUUAGGCAUCAAUAUAGGGUGGCUGUUAGAAAAAUAUUAGAGCUAACAAUGAAAAAAACAUAAGUAAUUUGAUUAGUGAAGUUAUGUAGUGCUGUAGAUCACUUUAUAGUUGGAGUCAGGCUGCACAAUUUGGAUAAGCCAAAAGAAAAGUCUUGAAAACGAGAUUUCUUCCAUGUGUGCCUAGAACACUUGUUAUUGAACUUUUUUUUUUUUUUUUAAGAUUUAUUUAUUCAUGAGAGACACACAGAGAGAGGCAGAAACACAGGCAGAGGGAGAAGCAGGCUCUUUGCAGGGAGCCCGAUGUGGGACUCAAUCUCAGAAUCACGCCCUGAGUUGAAGACAGAUGCUCAACCUCUGAGCCACCAAGGCGUCCCAAGUAUUGAGCAUUUUUGCUAACAAAUCUCUGAAAGAAUUUUGAAAAAAAAAAAUAUAAUCUUUUGCACAUUUUACACCUUGGGGUAUGAUUAGCAAACAAUAUUCUUUUCUGGUGAGUUGUAGACAUCUGAGCAACCAAUCUAAAACAAGCCCUGGACCGUUUCUGUCCCCUUAGAGUGUUCACCUGUGCCCCUUUCUAAGCAGUUCCUCCUCCCAUUUCCUGGCUGUCAUUCUAGGUUAGUUUUCCUUUUGCACGUGUUUAAUGUGACCUCUAAAUUUUUAAAAUUAAGUACUUACAAAGGAUACUCUAUCCAAUAUAUUGUAUAUGUGCCUUAAAAAUAUUUUUCUCAAAGCCUUGGAGCUAGCUGUAGGUUUAGCUGAUGGAAUUUAUAGGAAAAGUCCUAUCAUUUAAAGUAGCAAAGCCUGUUCUCAUUUUAAAAUUCACCAGCCAGAUCAGAUUUCAUUUUCAUGCAGAAGAUGUUUGACUUUAUUUUUAAUUCAAAUAAAUGCAUUAACACAUUUCUGGCACAACCUUCUCAAUUAUAGUCCUAAGAUCGAUGUGGUACAGAGUUUUAAACUAAGCUCUCUGCUUUACUCUGUCCUCAUUGUCCCUUGAGAAUUUUCUGGUUUUGUUGUUGUUGUUCUUUUGUUUGAUUGUCUCCAGAGUGUUUUUUACAUUCUGAGGCAAUGCCCCAUAGUAAGAUUCUAGAUGGGCGAGAGUCAGCCUUUCUUUUGGAAAUUCAGAACAUGGCAGUUGUGAAAAUGAAAAUAAAGAAAAAUGUUAGAUCUGAAGAAUCCUUAUCUCAGCACGUAGUCUUAGAGCAAUACAUAUGGAAAUUGAAGAUCUUUAAGCUGAUGUGCUUAUCCAUAUCCUUGUCUGCUGUCCCCAUGGAAAAAAAACCUUUAAAAAAAAGAAAGAUUUUAUUUAUUUGAGAGAGAGCAAGUACAUGUGAGAGAGCGCAAGUGGCGGAGAGGGAGAGGCAGGCUGCCCAUUGAUCAGGGAGCCCAAUGUGGGGCUCGAUCCUAGGACCCUGGGAUCACAAACUGAACCAAAGGCAGCUGCUUAACUGAGCCACCCAAGUGCCCCUCCCCAUGGAAGAAAUCUUGAUAUAUACCCAUGGGUAUGCAUAUGAGAUUUUGAAGACCAUGGCCCUAGAAUUAACAAAUUUAUGGAUUGAAAAAUCACCUGGAUUGCUUGUUAAGAAAAGCACAAGUUAAAAAAACAAAACAAAAAAACAAACUCAAACAAUGCCUCCCCGUCUCUCCGUCUCUCCCUGCCCCCUACCAGGGGUAUCCUUCCAUUAGAACAUGUAUUCCUGGUAACUGAUCAAGUGGUCCACAGACCACACUUUGGGAAGCCCUACCCUAGGAGGAAGGGUUUUCCCAGUUACAAGAAGUACAAUGAACAGGAUCACUUUUAGCAUCAUACCUAAUUUCUUGACAGGGAGUUUUGUUAAAAGUUCUAGAAGUUUAAAACUAGAAUGCACUCUUCUACUCAACCCCUGUUACUUUGCACUUGAGGCUAAAAGAUUAAAUGAUAGCCAAGAGUCACAGCUAGUGAUGCAACUGUUACUAGAACCCGAGUCACUUGUAAAUCCUGAAACCAUACUCACUUCCUUCUCAUUAUUUGCUAAAUAUUUAAAAGGUGUUUGUUGAAUUUGGAUUCAAGAUGCUCAUCGUCUUAAAAUCUGACAAAAUGUGACUUCCAGCCAAAGUAGGACUUUAGGAAGAAUAAUGACUUUUAACACCUUUUCCCCAAAGAGAAAAGGCCCACUAAAUGUCAUCUUUUCUUAUAUAAUCAGAUAAGGGAGAGGACAGAUGAAGGUGCAGAGGAACCUGAACCAUUUUGUACCAGUAUUCUUCCUUCUUAGGGAAGGAAACCCAGCUCUUGCUCUCUUUAGGUAUCAGGGACAGGAGUUUUCCCCCCUCAAAGUAGAGCAAGUCGUCGGACUUCAGUGCUCCAUUCGACCUUGCUGAAUGCUCUGCCACUGCAGCAAGCUAAAGGUCUCUCUUCCCUAUUUUGUCCUUAGUGCUUCUCUCUUCAUAAUAGUUUGAUAGCCCUAAAUUUUGUCUGAUUUUUGCCAGUUAGGGGCUUUUGCAGGUGAUGACUUAAAGGACGGAAAGGAAGAGCUGGGGAUCUGCAUUUGUACCCUCUGAUUCCUCUUAUGUAAAGCUGCAGUUUUUUAGAGAACUUAAGGAAAAAUUUAAAAAUUGUAUUUAUUUGUAGAUAUUUGAUGCUAAUUUUCAUACAUCCUUGCCUAGCACAGGAUCUUCUUUAUGCUACUCAGCUUUCCUUUACCCCUUGCUCACUUGGGAUUUUAUACAGUUCCUGUUACCACUAAAUACUUUGCUUAGAAGAUCCCAAGCUGCAUGUUUGAGCUGUGAAUAUUAGAAUAAACCUACAUGUGGGUUUACUGUCCCUCUAGCAGGAACCUCGUGAGUGACUGCAAUUUAUAGGGCAAGAGCUGAUAUUCCUCAAUUGCUUAUCUGAAGUCUAGGAUGCUGCUUCUCCGCUUCACCCUGAAUCUAUAUUUAAUGUCUUGUGGGAGCAUAGGACAGCAAGGAGGAGUCCUCAUUUCUAGGGGUAGAAUGGGCCAAGGAUCCUACAAAGAGCCAAAUAGUAUUGUCAGAGCAGUUCUUUACUUGCAAGAGAUUUUAAACCAUCUUGAUUUCAUUUUUGAUUUUGUUUUUUUUUUUUUUUCAAUGCCACUGCGGUACAGUUUUAUUUUACUCACUGCCAUGAAAGCGAAACAUGGUUUGUAUGUGAAGUCUUUGUAGUUUUACUUCUUUGAGAUAAACUCUUAAUUUCUACACACUACCAUUUAUCUUUUAGUUGUGGUUAGAAUAAGCUGCCAGUUUAUCCCUCUUUUCCAGCGGCCCAUCUGACUUGUCUCCUCCCUCUAACUCUCAGGUGCUUGAGUUGAAAUCUUGAUUGUGAGGAAAGGAUCUGCUAAACUAGGUGCAGUGGAGUUGAUUGUUUCUGCUGCAUCACAUCAUAGACUUGUGAUCUUGUGAUUAAUGAAAUCAUCCUGCAUUAGCGCCUGCAUUAGCAUUUCUUUCCUUUUUUUUUUUUUUUUUUUUGUUAAGUAAUCUCUAUGCCCAGCGUGGAGCUUGAGAUCAAGAGACUCAUACUCUACUGACUGAGCCAGCCAGGUGCUGUAGCAACAAAUUUCUUAUUUUAAUUACCAUUUAAUAUGUAUGACCAUGUUAUCCUGGACAGAAAGCUCAGAGCAAAAAUGACAAAUCUUUAGAAAAACCAUGAAUUUCUAGGUUAUACCAAAAAUGUCUCCUGUCUCAUUGAGUUAAUGAAUGAGUUACUGUACUUGCACCAUACGUAUAAUAUUUGCUAUGCUUUUGUGUUAAAUACUUAAAUCAGACUUUAUGAAAAUCUUAAGACGAAGCCUUCAGCUGCAUAUUGCCAUCUCCCCACAGUCCACCUAUGAAAUAGCAAAGAUUCACAAUCCUAGGCUUGAACCAAUGGGUCUCUGUCUGCCGAGCCAGCCUACAAACUGCCAUGAACUUUUCUAAUAUAAGAUGAAAUCACUGCCAAGCAUUUGAAAUAUGUAGUUGUGUUUUAAUAAUAAUUUAUGUAUACUUAGGUGUAUAUAAUGCUUUGUGGAACAUUGUGUUGUUUGUAAGAAUUUAUUUUUAAAGGUCAGGAUCAUUUGUAACAUUUUUUUGUAAAUGUUAAUUCAGUGCAUUGUUGGCUCCUUUGAACAGUCAUUGAUGAGAAAUCGAUGAAUGUUAGAUCUUGGAUUCUACGAAACUAUCAUCGUAGCGUUAUCUCUUGGUUCUCUUUAGAAAGGAGGAAACUUCUUAACCAGAUAUUUGUUUUUUUUUUUCCCACAGAGUCAUGUGAACUUCUGAAAGUACAUGCCUUUAGAUACUGUGAAGCCAUUGUUUUCCUUUUAGCCAAGUAUCCAUUUAAAUUGUUGAUUGGCAUCCUAAAGAAAAACUUAUUUUGAUGGUUCUCUUCAUUCAUGGGUAUAUAUUAUGCACAUAUAGUAUCAAGACUGCUAAUGCCUUUGCUGAAAGUGGCUAUGGAAUAGGAACUAGCUAUGUUUUGAGCUUUCACUUCAAAGAUAAAGAACCUAUAAGCUCUUCCCUGUGCCAAAAGCAAGAAGUAAAAUGUUUACAAAUGUGUGGAAUUUUGCACUGCCAUAGGGUAUGUUGAGGUUACUUUGCUGGAAACUCCCAGAUGGUGAUUAGUAGAGUUGCCGUUUAGCAUAUGAGGAGAGACACUGAGCAUCUAAAGCUAAACUGAAAGUGUCUGAGAUAGUGGUUCAGGUGAUUCCCUGAUCUUAUUUGAGGACACUUUUUCCAGAUUGCUCUGAUCAGUGGACAGUGCUUUCCUUGGUCACCAUUGCUACAGUUUUCCUUUAAAGGAGCCACCAGAUCUCUUCUCUCCUAUGGGAGCGGGUCCCCCUAGCAUUCUGAGAUCUUUCGAUAGAAGGAAUGUGCAAUCCCAAGUAACGUCAUUAUUGGCAAAUGUGGCAUUGUUAAAGAAAAUAGAAUAUUAAGAACCCGUUGGGUUUACUGUGCCUGUAUCAGAGCUUUUCAAAUGACUGAAAAUGUUGAUUUGUGUGUCUGCAGACAUAGGUAGCUGAUACUUCUUGGUAGCUUAUCUGAAGUCCUCCAUGCUGCUUCUCCUGCAGAUUGUUUUUCUUCACCCUGGAUCCAUAUUCAGUGUCAUCUGGGAGCAUAGGGCAACAAGGCAUAGUCCUCAUUUCUUGGGGUAGAAUGGGUCAGGGAUCUUAAAAAGGGUUAAAUAGUGCUGUCAGAGCAAUUCCUUUCUCAGAGUAGUUGCUAUAAUUUGGCAAAUGCUUUCUUGAAAAUUGACAUCCCUGUGACACUGACAAUUUAUUAGAGCACCUAAUGUCUUAUCCCAAGGCAUUUUUUUUUUUUUAACAGUAACUAAUGUCAUAGAUUUCUCCUUUUUUCCUUCUUCCUUUUUUGUUGCUCUUUUUUUCUCAGAGUUCAAAGUGAUCUACUUCUGGAUAUUACUUUUAUAUCAGAGGCCUUCUGUAUCAUCCCCUGGGUUGCUGCAACCAUAGUAUCUUUGGAUAAGAUUCCUCUGUUCCAGUCAGUUCUGGGGAAUUUUUUUCUUUAGCGGAGGUAGGUGGUGGAUAAGGAAGAGAAGCUGUGACAUCAGAGCUACUAUCUAAUAAAAAACAGCUUGUAGUUGAGGCUUCCUUUGUGUCCAUGAUGAGAAACGGGAAUGAGCACCCCUAUUGUCUCAGCACUAAGAAACUGAGGGCAGCCUUCCCUCUUCCUACAGGAGGCUCUUCAUCCCCUCCCCCCCAUAAUUUGCCUUGUUUUUCACUUCCUUAUAAAAUGUCUCCUCUCAUAUUUUUCUUUCCUCCUUUGAAAAAUAAUAGAAAAUGUUUUAAAAGGGGAAUGAAAUGUUUCUGGGCUCCUUGGCACUUUGGCAAGGUAGAAAUUCUAAGCAGCCUCUGCCUAGGACUCUGUCCAUAGUCUGUAGCGAGGCACUGUUAAGUCCCUUGGAUAGAGAUAAAGGGGUAAGGCCCUUCCACCGUCUGUCCCACUCUUGACAUUUUUCUUACCUUUUAACAGAACAGGCAUAACUACGCUUUCUACCUCAUAGUUUGUUAUGGAAACUAAGGAUGCUGGAGCAGCUUAACCUAUAUACACUGCCUUGAAUGACAUGUUAAAAAAGUGGCUCUACCAAGCUCUGGGGUAUAUAUUCAGAAUACCUCAUGUCCUGGAAACUGAGCACAAGCUCCCCUCAAGUGCCUGCCUAGCAGAGCCUAUGUUGCUUCCUUGUACCUGCGCCUCUGACUCACACAGCCUUUCCUUGCUCUGAAGCUCUUGACUAGAAAAGAAUUCUGUUUCUAGGUUCUGAGAGAAGUGUGUGUAAAUUUGGAUAGUAGAAGUGCUCUGUUGUGGUCUGGAUGGACAAAAAUUUUCUGCAUGCACUUGAGUAGGUUGCCUAAAAUGCACUGUCACUAUACAGAAAACAUGCAGUUUCCCAAAUAACAUAUCUGAUCAGGUAAGCAUAAUCAACAGGAGUGCAGCAAAUAUGGUUUCAUAAAGUGGGCAGGAAAAAAGCAAUGUAAAUAACUUUUUGAAUAGUCCCCAACUCACUAAGGAAAGGAGACAUUUUCACAUGUUUUUGCCUAGUUUUAAGCACCAAUAAGUUAAUGACUCUGUAUCUUUCUGGUUUUUGCACUAUGAAAUGCCCUUAAUACCAGUUGGUUCUGUUUGCUUUUUUUGUGUAUUAAAUAUUUUUCAAUUUGC